CUACAUACAAGGUCUAGCAAUAAGGUAGAACGUGAUCUGCUCUUUAAGCUUCCGCACGUACCGUCCCAGGGUCCUGGCUCUAUUAUUCUGAAGCGGGGACGAUCAUGUAUACUGCGUACAUAUAUCUCAUCGUCAUUUGGAGAGCUUCAAAACAGGUGCGUUUUGAUGCCCACAAGGUGCUGGCUCCGGAAACGGUGCAAGAUCAGGGAUCGCCGCCACUGCAUGGUUGCUGAAAGCAAAAAGGAGGCCGAGCCCUGGAUAAACUGGAAUCAAAAUCUAGCGCCCGGGUACACUAAUAUCACAUCUACCAAUGCCAUUCUCGAGGUUUGACUAGGAAGGGCCCUCUUCAGCUAUCAGUAGGGAAUGAACAUGGUCUUACGAAUAAAGUCCUGAGGAGUAAGCGCCAUAGAAGAAGACCUCGUCUUGUAGGCGACUGUUUGCAGGACAGUGGUGUUGAGUUGGCCGAAAAUUGGCUUGGUAUCUUUGUAGUUAGUCUAGAAUUUGGCCUGCGGGCUAACGAAGCACCUUUUUUGGGGCAUGUUUGGCAAAGAAGCCUUGCUGGUAUUCCACAACUUUGUUGGACUAUUAGGCAAACACGCAAGUAGAGGAUGGCCAAUGCUAUGGCUAAGCAGUUGCUGCAUCAUGAAUUUUUCAUAUCGCCAGUUGCAUGGUGGAGGCCCGAGUCUGGUUCGCGUGAAGUGGGUUGAUUUGUGGUUCGUUCCUGAUGGUGGAGAUCCCGUGACCGGACCUGGCGCUGGCCCCUUUUUGCUGUUUGUUGAUCUUUUCUGAGAGUCUGCUAGUGUUCGCUGGCCUCGCCUUCACCGCUCAACCAGCAAACCCCAACCCAACUUUCCUUCUCUCCUGAUCUCGCUCCUCUCCUCUCCUUCUCCCCUCCACGAUUCCCGGCUGUUCCCCAGUCUCCUUCAUCCACUUCAAUUCCGAUUACUCCUGCAUAUAUCCUUUUUUAAUCCUUCAACCUUUCCCCCGCCUUCACAAUGCGUGAGAUCGUUCACCUCCAGACCGGUCAAUGCGGUAACCAAAUCGGUGCUGCUUUCUGGCAAACCAUCUCUGGUGAACACGGCCUCGAUGGCUCUGGUGUUUACAAUGGCACCUCCGACCUCCAGCUCGAGCGUAUGAACGUCUACUUCAACGAGGCCAGCGGCAACAAGUACGUUCCCCGUGCCGUCCUCGUCGAUCUCGAGCCCGGCACCAUGGACGCCGUCCGCGCCGGUCCCUUCGGCCAGCUCUUCCGCCCCGACAACUUCGUCUUCGGCCAGUCCGGUGCUGGUAACAACUGGGCCAAGGGUCACUACACUGAGGGUGCCGAACUUGUCGACAACGUUGUUGAUGUCGUCCGUCGUGAGGCUGAGGCUUGCGACUGCCUCCAAGGUUUCCAGAUCACUCACUCCCUCGGUGGUGGUACCGGUGCCGGUAUGGGUACGCUCCUCAUCUCCAAGAUCCGUGAGGAGUUCCCCGAUCGCAUGAUGGCCACCUUCUCCGUCGUUCCCUCCCCUAAGGUCUCCGACACCGUUGUUGAGCCUUACAACGCCACCCUCUCCGUUCACCAGCUUGUUGAGCACUCCGACGAGACCUUCUGUAUCGACAACGAGGCUCUCUACGACAUUUGCAUGCGCACCCUCAAGCUCAACAACCCCUCCUACGGUGACCUGAACCACCUCGUCUCCGCCGUCAUGUCCGGUGUCACCACCUGCCUUCGUUUCCCUGGUCAGCUUAACUCUGACCUGCGCAAGUUGGCUGUCAACAUGGUUCCCUUCCCUCGUCUGCACUUCUUCAUGGUCGGCUUCGCUCCUCUGACCAGCCGUGGCGCCUACUCUUUCCGUGCCGUCUCCGUUCCCGAGUUGACCCAGCAGAUGUUCGACCCCAAGAACAUGAUGGCUGCUUCUGACUUCCGCAACGGCCGUUACCUCACCUGCUCUGCCAUCUUCCGUGGCCGUGUCUCCAUGAAGGAAGUUGAGGACCAGAUGCGCAACAUCCAGAGCAAGAACCAGUCCUACUUCGUCGAGUGGAUUCCCAACAACAUCCAGACCGCCCUCUGCUCCAUUCCUCCCCGUGGCCUUAAGAUGUCCUCCACUUUCAUCGGAAACUCCACCUCCAUCCAGGAGCUCUUCAAGCGUGUUGGUGACCAGUUCACUGCUAUGUUCCGUCGCAAGGCUUUCUUGCAUUGGUACACUGGUGAGGGUAUGGACGAGAUGGAGUUCACUGAGGCUGAGAGCAACAUGAACGAUCUCGUCUCCGAGUACCAGCAGUACCAGGACGCCUCCAUCUCCGAGGGUGAGGAGGAGUACGGUGUCGAGGAGGAGCUCAUCGAGGGUGAGGAAUGAACUUUUGUUCCGUAGUGGCGAAUUGAGACCUGCUCACAGUAAUACCCUUGAUAAACCUACGCGGACUUCUAGUUUCCUCCGUAUGGGUGUUUGUCAGUCAAAUGUUUUGGUUUGAGCGCUCUUGAAUCCUCUGUUUCUAAUUCUUGUGGCCGAAAGGCUCGAAACGAAUAGCACAUACUUAUCUUGAAAAGCAAUUCAGCCAUACAAGUGCUAUCCUUUCCGCCCUAACUUCUCUGAACUUUGUAGAGAUUCUGUCUAGUCUGAUUAUCACCUCCCUUUGCGUAGCUAUGCUUUGCUAGUCAUAAGUGGCUUCACCCCUCAUCACUUUGUACAUCAGACUAUUCGAUGCAAGCAGAGUCAAAAUUAGGAUU